AUGGUAGCUUCUAGAUUAGCAAAACUAGAUGAUGUUCUGUAUGUAGAAAACCUUCAGGCGCAUCUGGGAAUUGGCAUCAUAGGUGGUGGUGGCAUUUGGGGCCCAAAAACGACGGAAGAGGUGCCCCCGUUGGUUGUUGGGUCUGACCAACCACUUGUUGAGCUUAGCCUGCUACUUGUUGGGCUUGAUUGUUCACACCAACCAUACGUGCCGUCCAAUUGGCAACUUCAGCUUCUUUUUCUUCCAAUCGCCUCUACAGUUUUGCCAGCUCUUCCUCUCUUGUCACCCUCUUCUGCUUCUGUUGCUGCGCCACUCCCCGAUUCAUCACCAGCUGUUACUACGACUGAGGUUGCUCCCUAUGGCUCUGAUGGUCCUCCAUUGGCCUUGGAUCUUGGUUCUAGGUGUACUACAACUGACAUGACUACACCGCCACCAUCAUCUUUUGUCAUCGUGUCACAUCAUCAUAUGAUUGCUCGGUCAAGGGAUGGCACCAGAAAACCGAAGGUUUUCUCUGCCACUCGCUAA